GCCGGCGCAAGCGGAGUCAGUCCGUUCGUAAACAGCGGCGAACGCGCACCGUCCGCCAUAUUGAAUCGUCACGCGUUGCCAUGACAACCGCGUAUGCUAAGCAAUAUUUGCGAUAACAGGAUACUUGCGAAUUUUGUGUGUGCGUUUUGUUGACUUAUUGGAAAAGUUCUGGUAGCGCAUGACAAUAUGGAAAAGGAAAAAAUUAUGUUUAAGGGCUCGCAUCCAGAUAGUUUGUAUCGAGUGCCGUCGGACGGACCGGGCAGCGCAAAGAAAAUUGUGCGGGUACUCCGUUUGUUGCGAUGGCCCGUCGCGCUCUUCGGUGUGUGCGUUGCUCUAGCUGUGUUUGUUUACUUCCUUAUGCCUGAAAAUCUUGGACAAGACGUAGACAAUAUAAAUGCAACGACUUGGGAACAAAGCUUUACUGAAGCUCAUUCAUAUAGUUCUUCUGCACCAACUUCCUCAACGCAAAAACCAAAACUGAAGCAGAGCCAACAAGAGAAAUCGUUUGCAUCUGGUAUAAAAGUAACUGAAGUCGAUUUCUAUGAUGCUGAGAAUGACACAAAUAUCGAUAUAUCUUCUGUGAUCGCAGAAACCAGCCCUACAAGGAAAUUCCCAAUCCCUCCAGUUUAUCCUACUCAUAUAGAGCCAGAAGUACAAUAUGGAAAUGAUGAAGUCGAUAAUUUACGAAAGCCUAAAAUCCUCGAAGAAACCAGCUCAAUUCCUGACGACUCAACGCUGAGGCCUCAUAUUACUCAAAAGCCAGAAAAGCCAUUAGCGAUUUACUUCAAAGAUGUCGAUGCUGUAUCAACAAGUACUGAGAGAGUUACUACGGAAAUAAUAAAGAAGGCGGAGUCUACAAAUAUUUCUCCUACAUCUAAAAUUAAUGAUGACUUUGAAGAAAACUACACUACAAAUUCAAUUGCACAAACUACUACUAGACCAUAUUAUGUUCCCAUUCAUGAGACUCAACAACCGAACGUGUAUAAGCCACAAAUACAUGAAACCCACAGAUUAGUACCGAAAGUACCAAUUGGUACUAAGGAAUAUUACGGGCAACCUGUGGUUAACACUGAUGUUAAGUUUACAUCGGGUCAUUCAAAACUCUUCGGUAUAUCUAUAGAAGAUGCAGCAAAAAUGAAAGCUACUACACAAAGCUCGUUGUACAAUACUAGAGUUUCUCCUACACUUCCUACUUGGAGAGACAGGGAUGACACUACAACUAAAAACUAUCCAAUAAAUGCUCUAUCUGACGUGCCCCAAUGCCGAUCGACACGUCUGCCUCUCUGCCGGGGAAUCUUGCCAUACGACUUAGCUGGAGCACCAGCCGUCGUGGGCAAGAAAGAAGUUACUCAGCUUUUACCACAGAUCGAGUACUUGGUGGCUACCAACUGUAGUGAAAGGGUUCGCCACUUCGCCUGUGCACUUCUAGAACCAGAAUGUAGUCCGCCACCGUAUUCCUCAAAACUACCUUGCUAUAAUUUGUGUAAAGCAAUCGUGGAUAACUGCGAAGGCUACAUCCCAACAGAAUUAAAUUCAAUGUUCAGUUGCAACCAGUAUUCAAGCAGCAACUGCGCCAGCGCUCGUGCUCCUUGUUACGGAAGGGAACUGGCCUGUGGGGAUGGAUCCUGCGUCCCGCGAGAUUGGGUUUGUGACGGGACUCAAGAUUGCCCUGGUGGAGAGGAUGAAGCACCAUGCUCGACGUGUGAAGAAAAUGAAUUUCGAUGCAGUUCAGGUCUAUGCAUAGUGAAACGCUGGGUUUGUGACGGUUACUCUGACUGUCCUAGUGGUGAUGAUGAAUUGGAUAAAAAUUGUUACACUCGAGUCCCUAACCGGGUGUCCGCAGCAGCAGAAAUCGAGGAACCGGGAGAAGAGUCUGCUGGAUCAGCCCCAGCACCGUCUAUAAGGAAGCCAAAUAGACUGCCCACACAAGAAAUACGGAAUGGUCACUACAGAAACGGAGAAAGUGAUAGCAGCAAAGAGCUGCUCAUGACCAGCGAUUCUACAAAUUCUUUUAAGCGUAAUUUCACUCGGCGACCUUCACCAUCCCGUCUCACUCCAUACUCAAGACCAAUGCCGAAACCAAAAAAACAAGAAUCCGAGGAAGAGCCUUUAAUCCCAGGAAGUAUUACAGAGAGGCCCCGGUGGAUGUAUCGAAAAAAUUUUAGGAAACACACAACUAACGCAUCUGAGAAGAAAAAUGAUUCAUCCGAAGAUGUAAACAUGGAUGAUUUGGGUGUAUUUGGCAAUAUAGAAAAGGAAGGAUCUGAUACAGUUAAGCCAUCAACGAAACCAGCAGAAAUUGUCCCUGCAACUGUUCCAACACGACUUGAUAAAUCUCUUGAUAACCUCGAAAGAGUAAUUGAUGGAGCUGGUUUGCUAAGGAAAGCAGCGAUUGCACGCAAGCAAGAAAUGGCAGAUUCCCCAGAAUCCAACGCAACUCUGUUCGAAUCUGACGAUUUAGGACACAAUAGUGCUCACGCAUCUCCUUGCCCGAAUGAAGAGUUGCGCUGUGUGGAUGGCCGGUGCAUCACCCUCUCCCAACUUUGUGAUGGAACCAUCGACUGUUCAGACCACGCUGAUGAAGAUAAUUGUUACACGUGAACUACCGAAAAUUAAAACAACCGACAUUGCAUAAACUGUGGAAAAUUUAUCAUUUUUAUUGUGUAUAAUUUAUAACGUGUCCAGUUUUAUAACAUUGUGUAAUGUGUUGUUUUAGAUUUCAAAUUAUACCUUAAAUUUUGAAAGUAUUAAUCUAUUCGAAGCGUUUUUGUUUGGUAUUAUUUUAUUUGACUCCGUUUCUGAUUAAGUUUUCCGUCCGUAGUUCUAAGACAUGUUUAAAAGACGUUAGACGGUAAGGUAUAUUAUAAUGUGAAUUAAAUUUUAAUUCGAUUUAAUAAGCUGUGAUAAAGGAAUGCAUCAAUAAAACUAGAAUAAACUGUAAGCUCGAUGUAAUUUUAUAUCAUUGCUGUAUAAUAUGUCAUAGAUUAAGUAUUUUUAUAUUAGAUACUAUAUUAUGUUUGUUAUUUUUGUACCACAUCUACUUACUUACUUACUCAUAAAAUUUGCACUCAUUCUUAUCAUUCGCUUUUAGAUAAAAUAAGUUUCUUGCAUCAAAAAUGCUCUAGAGGUUUAAUCUACUAAUAUCUCAUGUUUGUUUUAUUUACAGUAAGUACAAAAAUUUACCUAUAACUAAACAAACAUCUUCUUCAGCUUCAUUAAUUGGAUCACAAAAUAUUUAACAAUUUGGUCAGCUUUUCUUGUAAAUUAAGGUUGUAAAUAAUUUUAGAUUAUAAUAAUUUAUUUAGUAGAUUCAUUGUCUUCGCUUGAGCUUUUUUCAUUAAUCAUAAAAAUUCACAAUGAUGUUUCGAAUUCUAUCACCAAGUAAGUAUAUUGCAUAUUUUUUUAUGAUAAUAAUAAUAAUUGGCAAAGGAAUUAAAUGUUUAUAUUUGUCCUAAAAUUUUAUAUUAAUUGUUUUAUUCGACAAGUCCAAAGUAAUGUCAUAAUAUAAAGUAAGUAGAUAUAAAACUGAAAUAGGUAUAAGUUUUAGAAGAUACGUUAAAAAUAGGAUAUUCUUUACAAGUUAAAAAUUAUGUAAUAGGUAAGGAACUUCGUUUUUGAUGCCACAUUGGUAGAAUUAUUAUUAUUUCGCCUUUACCUCUUUAUGAUUUUAUUUAAAUGGAUGUCUCUUGGUAAUAAUGAUUAAACGUUAAUAAUUAUUAUACUUAGAUCGGGCGUUAAUUAUUACUGUAAAAUGUUUAGGAAUGAUUGUCAAAAUAAAAUUGUAUUAUUGUAAUUUGUUCAUAGGCAGGCCUAAUUUGUCAUACGGAACGUAUUUGUAUGUUUUGUUUUUCACUUUUGUAAUUUUUUAUAGAAAAUAAAUAUUAAGUAUGCCAUUUU